AUGAAGAAGAGUUUAUAGAUAAAAUAGGCUAUAGGAAAUGUAGAAGAUGAUGCUAUCUUAAGAGAUUUAUUAUUAGCGAUUGAAUUAUGUCAUAAUGUUACUCCCAUAGAGGAGAAUGGAGAAAGAUAAUAUUAAGCCUCAUCUCCAGAUGAAGUAGCUUUAGUUAAGAUAGCAGAAUCCCUUGGAAUAACUUUAAAGAAUUGA